GAUUGAGGCUGUUUGUUGUCGAUUGUAGUUUGAGGUAUCCAAACUCUACGUACCGUGUCUGGAAUAUAACUCCAAUCAGAGGUAACAAGACAAUGUGGAGGUACCGAUGUUUGCUGGGAGAGGCUCCGUUGACACAAACUGACUCUCUGUGAUAAUGUAGUUGGCGGCGUUGUGGUGGGAAGACGCUAAAACUCGCGGAUAUCGCGUUGUCGAGAACUUACGCGAAGCUCCUGAGAGCUAACACAGGCUACCAUGGGUAACAUUCACUGCUGUGUCCUUCCUUCACCUCGAGGCGGACCUGCGGUGAAAAACGAACCCUAUGAUAGAACAGGGCAUGCCAACGAGACGUUUGAACUACCGCACAUUAGCGAUAGAGAAGAUCUAUCAAACCACAAGGGAACCUUAUUUUUACAUCGAUCCCUCUCUAAUCCAGGUAACAAUGGACUGUUUCCUGGAAGACGUACAUUUUCAACAGGAAGUGAUUCAAGGAAGAGAAAUGGCAUGGGGGGAACUCUUACAAGAAAGUGUAGUUCUUGUUCAACAAUCUUUCUUGAUGACAGUACAGUGAGUCAGCCCAACCUAAAAUCCACUAUUAAAUGUGUGGCAUUGGCAAUAUAUUACCAUAUUAAGAACAGAGACCGAGAUGUGCGUUCUCUUGACAUAUUUGAUGAAAAAGCCCACCCUCUCACACAUGAUCCUGUACCUGAUUACUAUAACAGAGUUGACCCAGAACACAGACAUAUAUACAAGUUUAUCAAGACUCUCUUUCAUGCAGCUCAGCUGACAGCAGAAUGUGCAAUAAUUACAUUAGUGUAUCUUGAAAGACUGCUGACUUAUGCCGAGAUAGAUGUGCAUCCUGGAAACUGGAAAAGAAUUUUAUUAGGUGCCAUUUUAUUGUCAUCCAAAGUUUGGGACGAUCAGGCUGUGUGGAAUGUAGACUACUGCCAAAUUUUAAAGGACAUAACAGUUGAAGACAUGAAUGAAUUGGAGAGAGCAUUUUUAGAACUAUUGCAGUUUAAUAUAAAUGUGCCAUCAAGUGUCUACGCUAAAUAUUAUUUUGACUUGCGAUCACUUGCGGAUGCCAACGAUUUGGUGUUUCCUCUAGAACCACUUAGUAAAGAAAGGGCAAGGAAAUUAGAGGCUCUUUCCAGUGUGUGUGAUGACCACACGCGCGAUGUGACUCCGCCCAGUUUAUACCGCUCCAAGAGCGCAGAUGCUCUGAUCCCACGACGGAAAAGCUUGGCUAUUCUCUCAUGACGAAUUAUUCGACAUCAUGAAAUGCAAAAUGGCGGUUGAUAGGUCACAAGAGACCUGUAAGACGAGAGAAAAUCUUUUCAAACGCAAUCCACAAUGUGCACGUGUAGUGUUGUCUUAUGUCUGUUAGGUUGCGCUGGUUUACACCACUGGGAGGGCCAAGUGUUUUAUGGAGACCUGGGAACAAUUGAUGUCCACGCCUUGCGUGACCGCCUCAUUUGGUUCGUGUGUCACACAAUCUUCUUUGUGCGGUAAGCAGACGCGCAUGCACGUUACUUUGAGGAUCUCUUCCACGGGUAACUUGUACAAAAAGACGUUUUCCUGGCACCAUCAUUUCCAGCAAUGACACAACUGUAGCAUAGUAGCGUUGCAUUCACAUCCAAGCACAGACACUAAAUCACUGGGAAAGACGCGGCUACAUUGGAGAAUGGCAAAGCCUCAAUUUGAAGACCUCGGAGAACAGACCUUCUCCAACCAAAAACCUUUUUGACUCUGGAGCGAUACUUCAUUUCGCUAAUAAUCAUUCAGUCAGUUUUGUCGACGUCGAGGUUGUUUUGUUGUAACUGUUUGCAAUUGUAGAUUUCUCAGGAAAGAUUCCUUGAUGGAGGAAAUGGUCGCCGAUUCUUUGUCACGCACGUAAGCUUGCCUUCCCUAGCCCGCUCCUACUGAGUCAGGUAAUUAAAGCCGGACUCCUUUCGGAUGAAAGGUUCGCAUAGUGACCCCAAAUGAAGGUUUCUUGUGAGAAAUUCAACUAACUAAUAAAACCAUUCGCAGACAAGAUUAUUUCAGUGAAUUCUGACCUUCUUGGUCAUUAAAAUUCUGGAGAGGUUCUUUCUCGGACACUGUGUCUUUGUUAGGGACCACACUUAAUACUACAAAUAAUUUGUAGCCAGCAUUCUACUUUCAGUUCAUUUCCAUUCCUUACCGAGUACGUUUUUUUUUAUGAUAUUUCGAAGAUUUCAAUCAGAACAUGAAUUUAUUUGUAAGGGGCGUUUCUCUGUAAAGUCAGGCUUGCCAAAUGGAGUCUUAACUAGUCUGAAAGCCUGAAAAUUGGGUUGAGGAACGUUUUUUUGUUUUUAUUGCGUUUGCAACAAUUUUACACUGCUUGGCAAUCUCUUAUCGCCAAAUAUGGAUGAGGUUGUUUCUAAGAUAAAUAAAUGCGUCUCAACCAGUGA